UACAAAAACAGAAGUUAGUUGUGAUUGGAAAUUAGUGCAGAAUGUCAGAUUCAAGUUAUAAUCCACCCGCGCGAGUCACAUCUGCUGCGAAUGAUUUUCCCGCUAAUUACGGCGGGGAACUGGGCAGCUAUAGCGGCAUUUGGGACCCACAUCAUUGCUUGGGAGCACAAAACGGCAACGCAAUCGGAAGUUAUCCGGAAUUGUUGACUUUUGCGCCGGAUAUCGUAUGGCCACGCCAGCAGUGCGGUUCUCUAGUGACUACGCAUCAUCGUCUAGGACGCGGUGCAGCAGGAAAUACCGGAGGAAUUGGUGGAGCCGCGGGCGGUACAACUGGCCACCAUCACCACCAUUCUUCCAAGAAGAUUCGGAGACGCGUAGCAACAAUCGCCCAACGUCGAGCUGCCAAUAUUCGCGAACGUCGUCGCAUGUUCAACUUAAAUGAAGCAUUCGACAAACUGCGUCGCAAGGUUCCUACCUUUGCCUAUGAAAAACGUCUCUCGCGGAUCGAGACACUGCGACUCGCCAUCACCUACAUCUCCUUCAUGACAGAACUACUGCAUGGCCACGCUGCAGAUGGUCAUCCGCACGGCGAGUACAUUCCUUACCAUGCCAUAAUCAACUGA